AUGAAAUACACUAAAUUGAAUUUUAUGAUGUCAGUUCUUGGCAUUGUAAUCUAUAUAACUGAUUUAAUUGUGGACAUCUGGGUGUCUGUCAGGUUUUUCCAUGAAGGACAAUAUGUUUUUGGUAUUUUAACAGUAAGCUUUAUGUUCUUUGGAACACUUGUGGUUCAGUGUUUUAGUUAUUCUUGGUUCAAGGCUGAUUUAAAAAAAGCAGGCCAAGAAAGUCAGCAUUGUUUUCUUCUACUUCAUUGCUUGCAAGGAGGAGUUUUUACAAGGUAUUGGUUUGCCUUGAAAAAAGGUUAUCAUGUGGCUUUCAAAUACAGCAGCAAAACUGAUAACUUCAUGGAAGAACAAAUUGAUCAGCAUAAAGAAGUUAUAGAUAGAAUGACUGAUCUGAGCAUGCUCAGGCUGUUUGAGACCUACCUGGAAGGCUGCCCACAGCUUGUUUUGCAGCUCUACACCCUUCUGGAACAUGGUCAAGCAAAUUUCACUCAGUAUGCUGCCAUCAUGGUUUCUUGCUGUGCUAUUUCUUGGUCGACUGUUGAUUAUCAAGUAGCUUUAAGAAAAUCCUUGCCUGAUAAAAAUCUCCUUAAUGGAUUCUGUCCUAAACUCACAUACCUCUUUUACAAAUUGUUUACAUUAUUAUCUUGGAUGCUGAGUGUUGUACUUCUUUUGUUCAUAAAUGUUAAGAUUGCAUUAUUUCUGUUGUUAUUUCUUUGGUUUUUAGGGAUAUUGUGGGCAUUUAAAAAGCAAACUCAGUUUUGUGCUUCUAUAAGUAUGGAAUUCUUAUACAGAGUUGUUGUUGGAUUCAUACUUACCUUUACAUUUUUUAAUAUUAAGGGACAGAACACCAAAUAUCCAAUGUUCUGUUAUUAUAUUGGAAGGGUACUGGUCACAGUGGGGAUAUCAAUUGUGUUUUGGGUUUGCCCAGUCUCUAUUUUUAAUUCAGACUAUUUUAUACCUAUCAGUAUCACUAUAGCUCUUAGUCUGGUCCUUGGAAUUAUUUUUCUUAUUGUUUAUUAUGGGACUUUGCAUCCAAACAGAAAUGAAGAAACAAAACCUGAUGAAAUUGAUGGAAUAGCAGCUGAAAGAGAUUGUAGAAUGAAGUAUUUUCUAAUGGAAUAG